GAAGACGUAGACGAAGCGCCGAGACGGAGGAACCGAGGAUCGAAAGGAAGGGUGAAGCGCGGAAUCCACAAGCUCCGAAAUCGCUCGCGGCCGCAGUCCCGCUCGCAAGCAGUGUCCGCUCGAACCUCCGCGCGCGCGCACGCUCUGUCCGAUUUUUCGCGUUUUUCGGGAUCGAGUGCGUUUUCCGCACACGCCUUGUUUCAAGUGCUCCAAUGGAUUAAAAUUCCGCUCCCUUUCCGAGCUUCGAUUUUUCGCAAGGAUACGUGAGCAGACUAGCAAAAUCUGUCAAGGGAACAGCAUACCAAAUGCUUUCAAUUAGAGCUGGAUUCUGAGCUGCAGCAUCAAAAUUCCGGAGUAGUCUCCCUUUUUACCAAUACACCUUUUUAAAAAUAGGAAAAUGACGACCAUAAAUGGAGUUACAAAAAGAAACACAAGUCAUACCACCAGUAACAAAAACCAUCAAAUAGGAAACAAAGAACACAUUACUCAUAGGAAAAAAUUCAAUAUCAACUCGAUAUCAUGGACACCCUCUUUCACCGGCGUAUGUAUCUUAGGCAUAGAGCUGGUAGUUCUCGUGGUUCGACUAGUCAUGUCUCUCUGCGAGUCAUUGUACAGAAUGUUCCUCCCACCGAAAGAGAAGUCUAUCGAAGGUGAAGUUGUGCUGUUGACAGGAGCAGGUCACGGGAUUGGGAGGGAGCUGGCGUUCCAGUUUGCAAGUCACGGCACGAAAUUGGUCUGCUGGGACAUCGACGAAAAAGGCAACCACGAGACCAAAGAGCUCCUCGCCAAGAGGGGCUGCAAAGACGUCUGGACUUACAAGUUGGACGUCUCAAACAGAGAGGAGGUUCUAGCAACCGCUGAGAAGGUGAAGAAGGACGUUGGUGAUGUUACUAUUCUAGUUAACAAUGCUGGAAUCAUGCCAUCGCGACCUCUCAAAGCUCACACGCCUGAGGAGAUAAGGAAAAUAUUCGACAUCAAUGUCUUAGCGCACUUUUGGGCUUUGGAGGCUUUUCUUCCAAGCAUGGUGGAGAAAAACCAUGGACACAUCGUCGCUCUGUCCUCAAUGUGCGGAGUCAUUGGAGUUGCCAAUGUAGUGCCAUACUGUGCCUCAAAAUUCGCAGUCAGAGGGAUGAUGGAGUCCUUGUAUGAAGAAUUGCGGUCGGAGGAUUCGAAGGCGCACAAGUCACAAAUCAAAUUCACGACGGUUUACCCGAUCAUGGUCAACACUGGUCUCGUUAAACGACCGAGGAACAGGUUCCCGCUCCUUUUGGAUAUGCUCACUGCGGACGUUGUUGCUCGUAAAAUCGUGAAAGCCAUGCGGCGGGACUACAAGGAAAUCAGUAUACCAGUUUCAAUGCUCACACUCGACAGGAUAGCAAGGCUGCUCCCUGGCAAGUUCAUUCAGGCAGUGAAGGACUUUGUUGACACUGGAAUCGACCCAGAUGACUUGUGAAUACCGUUAUCGACAAGUCCAUGCAGCCUUCAAUUAGAUUCUCUCUGGUCUUGGACUGAGAGAUUCAACUUAAUCAUGCUCAAAAUCGAACCUCUGUUCCCAUUAUAAGAGUACAGGAACAAAAUCUCACCAUACCUCAGCUGUUAUGCACAGAAGCUAAAUUCGGAAGUCUUUUGCAUUUGGACUCGGAUUUAUGAUGGUUGACAAAACGAAGAGGCUAUGAAUCCUGAUGGCCAUGGUAGCUUUCAUGUCACAUAAUUUUGGAGAAUGCUCUUCUUGGGGCAAGGAAUAUUUUGCUACAUUUAGAGACAUUCUUCUUCCAAUGAAAGAAACUUGAAAUAAUAGGUGUAAAAUGUGAAAGCGUCAACUGUUUGUUUUCUUUCGCUUUAGAGAAAAAUCGAAAAAAAAGAAAAUUCAAUAUAAAUACCAAGAUAAGAGUGAGACUAUGAAACUGCAUCAUGAUACGUAGCUUCUUCUGUUUCUGCAUCGUUUUGUUACCUUCGACUAAAAUCGAAAGAGUGUUGAAUUGACAAUCAUUCAUUUGUGAAAUUGCAAAUACAUACAUUUAAUUAUUAAUGUAA